AUGUCCUUUGACAGAUACGUGGCGAUUUGCAGACCCCUCCACUAUGUAGUCAUCAUGAAUCAUUGGUUCUGUUUAAGAAUGGUAUCCUUCUCAUGGCUCAUUGGCUUCAGUAAUUCAGUGUUGCAGUCUUCCUUGACCCUUAACAUGCCACGCUGUGGUCAUCAAGAAGUGGACCACUUUUUCUGUGAGGUUCCUGCUCUUCUCAAAUUGUCAUGUGCUGACACAAAGCCUAUUGAGGCUGAGCUCUUUUUCUUUAGUGUAUUAAUUCUGCUAAUUCCUGUGACUUUGAUCCUCAUCUCCUAUGGCUUCAUAGCUCAAGCAGUAUUGAGAAUCAGGUCAGCUGAAGGAUGAAAAAAAGCUUUUGGAACAUGUGGGUCCCACAUGGUUGUGGUCUCUCUCUUUUUUGGAACAGGCAUCUACAUGUAUCUACAACCACCUUCAUCUACCUCUAAAGACUGGGGAAAGAUGGUUUCCCUCUUCUAUGGGAUCAUCACACCCAUGUUGAACCCUCUCAUCUAUAGCCUUAGAAAUAAAGAUAUGAAGGAGGCCUUCAAGAGAGUGAUGAGCAUCACCUUUUUCUAUAAGAAAUGA